CUCAGUUUUUCCCUUGCCGCGCACUUCACUCACGCGCGUAUGCACGCAGACCACUCCUCUUACGUCCCCGUUUCGCCACCUCUCUCAUAUCGAUGCAAGGAGAGGAAACGCUCGUUUUAUUUCAUUCGUAAGUAGUCCUCCAGUAACAUCACCAAGAAGGACGUCGACGAGGACAGAGGACUUAACCCGUGCUUGCCUUGAAAUUCGAUGACGGAAUCACCCAAUGAGCGUAAUCUAUCAAACCCUAAUCAGCCUCAGCCAGCCCGGUUCUUUUUGCGGUGUAUGUGCACCUCGCCUAAACGGGAUUGUAGCCUAUGCGUAAGGAAGAUUAGAAUUGCGUUAUGAACUUGAACACUUUGAUAAAAGUAUGGGGAAAAUGGCUGGGUGGUCAUCUAUCGGUUUACAAUGAUAUAAAGCGCAUACCCGCAGCAGCUUGAUCAAUAGCCUAUCAUCUCCUGAAAUCUGCUAUUUGAAUAGGAAUACAAUUGUAUGAUUUGUUAACAGUCUAGCGUAUAUGGUCAGCAUGUGGACGCUCAUUUGUUCUGUCUUGAAAGAGACCCGUUUAUUCCUUGCCACUGGAAGGCAAACCAAAACCAGACCAUGGUUCGAUGCUCCUUGAAUAGGCUACUCACCCCUGCAUAGACCUGCUACAGAAGGCUACGGCCCGGUGUUGGAUUUACAAUUGGAUUCAGCGAAAUUCUGUAAAACAAUCCAAUGGACAAUUACUCACAUCUACAACUGCAGUGUCUGGAGAUGACGACUAAGAGGAAGAUCAUUGGGCGCCUGGUGCCGUGCCGGUGCUUCCGGGGUGAGGAAGAGGUCAUCUCAGUGCUGGACUACUCCCACUGCAGUCUGCAGCAGGUGCCCAAGGAGAUCUUCAGCUUCGAGCGCACGCUGGAGGAGCUCUACCUGGAUGCCAACCAGAUCGAGGAGCUGCCCAAGCAACUAUUUAACUGUCAGGCUCUCCGUAAACUGAGCAUACCUGACAAUGACCUGUCAAACCUGCCAACCACCAUAGCCAGCCUUGUAAACCUGAGGGAGUUGGACAUCAGUAAAAACGGUAUUCAAGAGUUCCCAGACAACAUUAAAUGCUGUAAAUGCCUAUCUGUUGUGGAGGCCAGUGUAAAUCCUAUUGCCAAGCUCCCAGAGGGCUUCACCCAGCUCCUCAACCUGACACAGCUCUUCUUAAACGAUGCCUUUCUGGAAUACCUCCCCGCCAACUUUGGGAGACUUUCCAAGUUACGGAUCCUGGAACUGCGAGAGAACCACCUGAAAACGAUGCCAAAGUCAAUACACAGACUGUCACAGCUGGAGCGAUUAGACUUGGGAAGCAAUGAAUUCACUGAACUGCCUGAAGUCCUGGAGCAGAUCCAUAACCUAAAGGAGCUGUGGAUGGACAACAACUCACUGCAGACAAUACCUGGGUGUAUAGGGAAGCUGAGGCAUCUGCGCUACCUGGACCUGGCUAAAAACAGGAUUGAAAGCCUGGACACUGACAUCUCUGGCUGUGAGUCCCUGGAGGACCUCCUGCUCUCCUCCAACAUGCUGCAGCAUCUGCCUGACACCAUAGGAAUGUUGAAAAAACUCACAACAUUAAAAGUGGAUGACAACCAGCUCACCUCACUGCCUAACACCAUUGGAAGUGGACGCGCCAAAUUAGGUUUAUCGCUUUUAGAGGAGUUUGACUGCAGCUGUAAUGAAUUGGAGUCCCUGCCCCCAACCAUUGGCUACCUGCAUAACCUCCGCACGUUUUCUGCUGAUGAGAACUUCCUUGUUGAACUACCCAGGGAGAUUGGGAACUGUAAGAAUGUGACAGUCAUGUCGUUGCGCUCCAAUAAGCUGGAGUUUCUACCUGACGAGAUUGGGCAGAUGACCAAGCUACAUGUUCUCAAUUUAAGCGACAAUAGAUUAAAAAACCUUCCGUUCACUUUCACAAAACUAAAAGAUCUAGCUGCUCUUUGGUUAUCAGACAAUCAGUCCAAGGCCCUGAUCCCUCUCCAGACCGAGGCUCAUCCAGAGACCAAGCAGAGGGUCCUCACCAACUACAUGUUCCCUCAGCAACCACGACAUGAUGAGGACUACCAGUCAGACAGUGACAGUUUCAACCCCACCUUAUGGGAGGAGCAGCGUCAGCAGAGGAUGACUGUGGCCUUUGAGUUCGAGGAGAAGGAGGAAGAGGACAACUCUGGAAAAGUCAAGGUUGAGAUCAAUCUGAAGCGCUACCCUACACCGUACCCAGAGGAUCUGAAGAACAUGGUGAAGUCAGUGCAGAACAUGGUGGGCAAGAACCAGCAUCCCCUCAGCACUAACUGCUCUGGUACCAAUAUGGAGUCACGAAAACAAGAACAGUAUGAGCCCCCCUGGCCCAUGCCCCCCAAAGAGGUGAUGGAGAGAGAGAUGAAAGAGAGAGAAAGAGAGUUCAACAAGACUCAGAUGACAGAGCAGGGCGUAAUCCACAACUCUGCCAUCGACAUCCCAAAGCGCAAGGACAAGGAGGAUCUGACUGAGAGCUCAGAGAUUUCUUUACAUCACAUGGUUCCCAAGCUGCCACAGCCAGAGAAUACAUCAUCGGCCGUUACAGCUUCUUCCUGUUUCUGCCUCAUAGAUUCUAUGGGCGGCUCUCCGAAUGACAUCCGUAUCUCUGAUAUGAGGCCCACCCUGGUGGAACCGCCCAUGUACAAACCAAAAGUUGUAUUACUGGGGAAAGACAAGAAAGAAUCUAUAGAUGAGUCAGACCCAGACAAGAUGCAUUGCCUGAACAACAGUGGCUCGUCGGCCACCUACUCAGACUACUCUCCGUCCCAGGGUUCUUCUGGCUCCUCCAACCCCCCGGGGAACGGGGCCACCCUGCAGGCUGCUGGGAAGGAUGGAGGAGUGCCUCAACAACACUGGACCAACAGGCUGGCCCAGCAGUUCCCCAAGCCGAUCGAGACCAAGCCUCUACUGAGUCAGAGAGACCCCAGAGAUACCCCUCCCUCCAGCACACUGCAGCAGCGCAGCGAGCGGCGCCCCCUCAGCGACACCUUUGACCAGUGGAACGACUCCUCCCACUAUGACAACACAGGCUUCGUGUCUGAAGAGGCUCCUCUGGAGACUCCCAGUGGUAGCAGCAGUGGUAACCCCAUGCUGGGCUCCAAGUCCUGCAGCGCCUCCACCUCCCAUGGGGGCCGCCGGCCCCUCAUGAGGCAGGAGCGCAUCGUGGGCAUCCCCCUGGAGCUGCAGGAUGCCCCUCACCAACACCCCUCCCACCAAUUCCAUAAUGUCCGCAACACGCCCGAAACUGAAGUAUCUCAGCCUCCCCCUCCCAACCCGUGGCAGAACUGGACAAGGACGCCCAGUCCCUUCGAGGACCGCACGGCUUUCCCCUCCAAACUGAGCUCCCCAGGCAACAGCCCCAAUCCUGACCGCAACGACUUUGAGCAGGAAAUGCAUCAUGGAGAGCUGCCGGGCACGUUCCCCUCCACAGGAACGUGGGGUUACCUAGACUCCAGGAACUCUGGGCAGGGGCGCAGCAGCCAGCAGGCCAACAUGUACCAACAUGUCCAAUCGAAGCCCACUAGACCAAGCUCUGGGGCCAUGGUGAUGAGCAAGAGCUCUGAGCGCCUCUCUCCCAUGAUGAAGGAGGUGAAGGCUAAGUUCAAGAAGUCCCAGAGCAUCGAUGAGAUAGACAUGGGCUCCUACAAUGUGUACAGUAUUCCUGUGGACACCUACAGCUCCAGCAUAGAGAAUCAGGGGAGUGUUGACCGUCCAGACAUGCCGGGCCCCAUGGAGCAGAGCAUGUCCCGGAGCCAGUCUGCCCCCAUGCUGGACGAUGAUGAUGCCUACGGAACUAAUAGCCAGCAGCAGAAGCCUUCCAUCCCCAAGAAGGUCUACCACUUCGACCAGAGCUUCAACCCUCAGGGGGCUAUGGAUAUGAGGAAUCAGCAGCAGGAGAGGAGGGCCCCUCCACCCUUCCCCAACACCCCUGAGUACGUCAACCAUCCGGGGAAGACCCUGCCCAAGGAGCUGGUGAGCCCCAGGGGCUACCGGGGUUACCCUCCCAUGGACCAGAUGUUCUCCUACUCUCAGCCCUCAGUCAACGAGGAGAACCAGCCGUCCCAGCAGCAGCAACCCUUCCCCAUCCCCAGUCAGCGCUCCCGGCCUGGGUUCCUGAGGCGGGCCGACUCCCUGGUCAGCUCCACAGAGCUGGCCCUGUUCCGCAGGGUUCAGGAGGCCCAGGAGAUGCAGCAGAAGUCGGACCACUAUGGCCGGCAGCACUUCAAAGGCAUGCUGGAGCACCAGAACAGUCUGGCUAGCAUGGCCCAGCAGGACCAACAGUACAACAAGAGGAAUGGCAGGUACGAGGAAGACUACUCCUCCUACCAGGAGCCUAAGAAGCCCAUCAUGGGCUACCCCACUAAGAGCCUGACACAGCGACGGCCUCUGUCGGCCAGGAGUUACAGCACGGAGACGUUCGGGGCGUCCCAGGCCAGGCCUGUGUCUGCCAGACCCACCAUGGCUGCCUUGUUGGAGAAGAUGCCCCCAGAUUAUAAUCUGAGGACGUGCACUGAGAAUAUAAAGAGCCCUGAUGAGAUGAAAAUGCGCACCAUGCAGCUGCAGCAUAAGCCUGAUGAUAUGUCCUCUAAGAUGCCAGUAGACUGGAGGCAACAGCUGCUUAGACAUAUAGAGGCCAAACGAUUAGACCGGAGCGCUGUCCUUAAGCACAACACAGUAAACUUCGGCAUGCUGUGCUCUGGAGGCUAUGCUGCACCGCAUGCCAGCAGAAGCAUGACAAUAAACUUUUACAAUAACAUGAAUAAGCAUGAAAACCAAACAACACAGUGGCUACCUCUACCCAAUACCCCCUCUCAACAGAGCAAUAUAUUAGACAACGGCCAGGAGGUGGUUUCUCCCACUACUCAGUGGGCCCCCUACUCACUGGGCAGGAGAGACGUGCCCCCAGAAAAUAUCAUGAAAAAGCUUCCUGACUCUUUGCCUAACGGGUUAAAUUACCCACAGGCAGGCGGCCACCACCCCCACCAAUCACAGACCAUGAUCGUGACAUCCACGUCGGCCACACCCCCACACCGCUCAGUGCGGGACCAGCAGUAUGAGGGUGCCAUCAACAAGAUCUCCAUACAGCAGUACCAGUCUCCUCUGCCCUUGGCCACCACCACCCGGCCCCAGAGCGCACGCUGCCUCAUCCAGACCAAAGGCCAGAAGAGCAUGGACGACUUCCAGGAGCAGUUCUGUGUGCGGAUAGAGAAGAAUCCAGGUUUAGGGUUCAGCAUCUCAGGGGGAAUCAGUGGUCAAGGGAACCCCUUCAAGCCUUCUGACAUGGGUAUCUUUGUUACUAGGGUACAGCCUGAUGGACCGGCCUCCAACCUGCUACAGCCUGGGGACAAAAUACUGAAGGCCAAUGGACAUAGUUUUUUACACAUGGAACAUGAAACUGCUGUGUCUCUUCUGAAGAAUUUCCAGAAAACUGUGGAUUUAGUAAUCUUGAGGGAGAGCACAAUUUAAAUAUUUUUUUAUAACACCAUUGCUUCUCUCCCAAACGGGUUGUGGAAAUGUAUACAACCGGUUUUUAUCUAGGAACAGUGACAUUUGCCGAUUGCUGGACCAAUGGCAAAUACUAGUGCCAAAUGUACUAUAGGAUACAUAUCUUAUAACCUAUCUAUGAAUUUUAUGUAAACAGGAAUUAUAUCUCUUGAGUUGAUGUGAAGGAAAGUCAUUUUUUUCAUUCAGCCUGAGGCUGUAGGUUGGAGCAAUUUUCUUAGUUUUUAUUUGGACAUUUUUUGUGUAUUUAUAUUGCCUUUUAUUUUGUACCUUUUUCAUUGUAGCUUCUCAUUUUACUCUCAGAGCAUGAAAACACACUAGCUCUUUAGGAAUUCUAAUCGCCAUAAACACUGCCUCAACUUUGUAUAUGCCGUGGGUACAUAUUUUCAUUUACAAUAAAGACACGAACAGUAGCGAGAGGAAUGGUACAUAAAAUAAAUGUUUACAAUGUUCUUAAAUUGUUUAAAUUAAAUGUAAAAAAAAAAACCUUAAUACAGGGCCAAUUUAUCAAGUUGUUUUUUUCAUUUUUUUUAUUAUUAUAGGUUUUCCCACCGGUUUAUUUCAUUGAUAUAUUAACACUAUAUUGAUUGUUAUACCCAACCAGUCACUACAUUCUAUAAGGUAGAUUUUCGGUAGUUGCUCAAUAAUGUAUAUGUUUGCACAAAUUAGCUACAUUUUAAAAGUACAGCAAUAUUCAAUCCCACAUCUGAAAGGGUUUAUUUUAGAUUACAAGACAACCCUAGAGGGCCAUCUGCUGGCUACAUUAUGUGUUUACACGUAUGUACUGCAAUUGCACCAAGGAGUAUGUAAUGUCACAUACCCCCAUAUUCAACUCUUAAAGAAUUUCCAUACAGAAAAGUUGUAACAUUGUUUCUCAUCUGUUUGUGUUAAAAACAAAACAGUUUGUUCACACUGAUUUGAAGUAAUUUUGCUGAACUUUUCAGCACCACUCUGUAGAACACAAAUUACUUUCGAUGUCUUCAUUUUAAGCUCGGUUUAUUAUGAGAAUGCACUAUUGGAAAAGUAUUCAUGUGAGAAUUAUGUAUAAUUUUUUUUGAACAAUGCUACUGACCAGAAUAAGCAUUUCACUCUGUUCCAUUUCUGGAUGGAUGUUCAUUUUAAGUUCUGAUGUCACAGCAUGCUUUCUUUCAUGGUUAUAAGGGUCUUUGGUCAUGUUUUUUGGAUACAUUCUCUGUGUUUUCAAAUUUUGGGAUCUCUCUCGUAAAGAAGUUUCUCUCAUUGCAAACUGGUGAGGUUUACAAAGAGACAUUAUUAUAUUGUGACAUUUGGUGCCAUUUUAUUACAAUCAAAAACAUAUACCUUAUGAGCCCUAACAAUGUUUCAUUACUAUUUUUGUCAAAUGUAGCAUCAAUUGUGACAUUCUUGAGCAAAACCAAGCACCUAUAACCCCAUGGAGGGACCCUGGUUGAAUUUGUGCCAAGCUAAGCUGGUACGUUGUACUUCAAUAUCCAGUAAAUUACGAGUUAAAAUAUUCAAGAUAUUGUGAGAAAGUUUGAUAAUAUAAUUAUUUUUACUAAAUGUUUUCAGGCUAUUAUUCAGAAUAUAUUGAUAUACCUUAGCUUUGCUCAAAUUGCGAGAUUUUAUAAGGACAAUGAAAAAGUAUGGGUGAAGUACUUGUGACUUGGAGAAUAAAAGCUGUACUAUCAAAUGUAUAAAACCAUAUUUCUACAGUAAUUGUGAAUUUGUGUUAUACAAAUAUAUAUAUAUGAAUAUACAAAUAGUCAUUUUUGUAUAUGUUUAAAAUACAAUUAAAUAUAAAGUGACUAUAUGGUACUAUUCUGUCUAAUUACGGUGUUGAUGUAAAUAAUGGUGAUUGAAAACAAAUUGAGAUAAUUUAUUCAUAUAGAUUGUGAAUGUACUCCAAGCUUUUGCAGUAUGAAGACUAACUGGACUUGAAUGCUGCUUCAUUUUUUGUGCAAAAAGUAAUUUUAACUAUUGAAAGAGAAUAAUUCUGUUUAGUUGGACAAAUUUCGUGACAGUUUAUUAUGCUAUUUAUUUGCACAUGCAAGUUUAAUCCUUCCAUUCUUUUUAUGUAUUAACACGAAGAUUGGUGAAGUGUGUGUGUAAUAUAUAUAUACACACAGCACCAGUCAAAAGUUUCGACACACCUACUCAUUCAAGGGUUUUUCUUUAUUUUUACUAUUUCAUAAAUUGUAGCGAAGACAUCAAAACUACGAAAUAACACAUAUGGAAUCAUGUAGUAACCAAAAAAGUGUUAAACAAUUCAAAAUAUGUUUUAUAUUUGAGAUUCUUCAUAUUAGCCACCCUUUGCCUUGAUGACAGCUUUGCACACCCUUGUCUUCACCUGGAAUGCUUUUCCAACAGUCUUGAAGGACUUCCCACAUAUGCUGAGCACUUGUUGGCUGCUUUUACAUCACUUUCCUUAUUGGUCAAAUAAUCCUUACACAGCCUGGAGGUGUGUUGGGUCAUUGUCCUUUUGAAAAAACAAAUGAUAGUCCCACUAUGUGCAAACCAGAUGGGAUGGCGUAUUGCUGCAGAAUGCUGUGGUUGCGGUGCUGGUUAAGUGUGCCUUGAAUUUGAAAUAAAUCACUGACAGUGUCACCAGCAAAGCACCCCCACACCAUCACACCUCCUCCAUGCUUCACGGUAGGAACCACACAUGUGGAGAUAAUCCACUCACCUACUCUGCGUCUCACAAAUACACUGCGGUUGGAACCAAAAAUCUCAAAUUUGGACUCAUCAGACCAAAGGACAGAUUUCCACAGGUCUAAUGUCCAUUGCUUGUGUUUCUUUGCCCAAGCAAGUCUCUUAUUAUUAUUAUUGGUGUCCUUUAGAAGUGGUUUCUUUGCAGCAAUUCGACCAUGAAAGCCUGAUUCAUGCAGUUUCCUCUGAACAGUUGAUGUUGAGAUAUGUCUGUUAAUUGAACUCUGUGAGGUGCAGUUAAUUGCAGAUUUCUGAGGCUGGUAACUCUAAUGAACUUAUCUUCUGCAGAAGAGGUAACUCUGGGUCUUCCUUUCCUGUGGCGGUCCUCAUGAGAGCCAGUUUCAUCAUAGCACUUAAUGGUUUUUGCGACUGCACUUGAAGAAACUUUCCCCCCCAAAAAUCCAUAUUGACUGCCCCUCAUGUCUUAAAGUAAUGAUGGACUGUUGUUUCUCUUUGCUCAUUUGAGCUGAUCUUGCCAUAAUAUGGACUUUGUCUUUUACCAAAUAGGGCAAUCUUCUGUAAAUCAAAUUUUAUUUGUCACUUACACAUGGUUAGCAGAUGUUAAUGCGAGUGUAGCGAAAUGCUUGUGCUUCUAGUACCGACCAUGCAGUAAUAUCUAACAAGUAAUCUAACAAUUUCACAACAACUACCUUAUACACACAAGUGUAAAGGAAUAAGAAUAUGUACAUAAAAGUAUAUAUGGAUGAGCGAUGGCCGAAUGGCAUAGGCAAGAUGCAGUAGAUGGUAUAGAGUACAGUAUAUACCUAUGAGAUGAGUAGUGAAGGGUAUGUAAACAUUAUAUAAAGUGGCAUAGUUUAACCUGUUUGGGCUGCAGGGGCAGUAUUGAGUAGCCGGAUAAAAGGUGCCCAUUUCAAACGGCCUCGUACUCAAUUCUUGCUCGUACAAUAUGCAUAUUAUUAUUACUAUUGGAUAGAAAACACUCUAGUUUCUAAAACCGUUUGAAUUAUAUCUGUGAGUAAAACAGAACUCAUUUUGCAGCAAACUUCCUGACAGGAAGUGGAAAAUCUGAAAUUGAUGCUCUGUUCUAGGGCCUGCCUAUAAAUGUCCUUGAUAUAUAUCAGUAUACAUGCACUUCAUACGUCUUCCACUAGAUGUCGACAGGCAGUGAGAGAAGAAAUGGAGUGUAUAACUUGAUCUGGGGUCGAAUAAAAGCUCUUUGUAUGACGUGUCACCAGUUUCCUGUUUUUUGGAGAGUGCGUGAAGGGACCUGGUUUUGCCUUCUGUACAGCUGUCGUUAUAGACGACUAAUAUCUCCGGCUUUGAUUUUAUUUGAUACAUGUGACAAUAUCAUCGUAAAGUAUGUUUUUUCAAUAUAGUUUCAUUAGAUUAUUGAAAUUUUUUCGGGACGUUGGGCGUGUUGCUUUGUCUGCGUAUGUUCAGGAAGGAGAGCUUCGCGCCACUUUGCUAGCUUUCCGUGCUAAUUGACUGGAGAAGAGGACAUUCUAAAUCCAAACAACGAUUGUUCUGGACAAAGGACCCCUUGUACAACAUUCUGAUGAAAGAUCAGCAAAAGUAGGACCCAUUUUAUGAUGUUAUUUCUUAUAUCUGUCGUACAUGUGAACUAGUAAUUUGCGGCCAGGUUUUGGCCACGCUCCCGCCAUAACGUAAACUGCAUAUCGUAAUGAAGGUACUUUUAGAAUUCUAACACGGCGAUUGCAUUAAGAACUAGUGUAUCUAUCAUUUCCUAUACAACAUGUAUUUUUUUGUUAUGUUUAUGAAUAGUCAUUUGGUCAGAAUAUGUGUGUCAGAAAAAGUAUCAGAAAAAUAUCCGGACGUUGUGGGAAAAAGAUGCUACGUUAGCACAAUGUAUAACCACUGAUUUCAGCUCUAAAUAUGCACAUUUUCGAACAAAACUUAAGUGUAUGUAUAACCUGAUGUUAUAGGACUGUCAUCUGAUGAAGUUUAUCAAGGUUAGUCAAAAAUUAUAUAUCUUUUGCUGGUUUAUUCGCUAUCGCUAACGUGCCUAUUGCUAUCGCUAACGUGCCUUGAUGAAUGAAUGCGGUAGUGUGGUAGGCUAUUGUAGUAAGCUAAUAUAAUGCUAUAUUGUGUUUUCGCUGUAAAACACUUAAAAAAUCUGAAAUAUUGGCUGGAUUCACAAGAUGUUUCUUUAAUUUGCUGUACACCAUCGAUUUUUCAGAAAUGUUUUAUGAUGAGUAUUUAGGUAUUUGACGUUGGUGUCUGUAAUAACUCUGGCUGCUUCGGUCCUAUUUGUGACGGUAGCUGUGAUGGUAGCUGCAAUGUAAAACUGAUUUAUACCUCAAAUAUGCACAUUUUUCGAACAAAACAUAGAUUUAUUGUAUAACAUGUUAUAAGAUUGUCAUCUGAUGAAGUUGUUUCUUGGUUAGUUUGGUUGGUUCUUGGUUAGUUAGGUUGGCUUUGUGCAUGCUACCUGUGCUGUGAAAAAUGUCUGUCCUUUUUUGUAUUUGGUGGUGAGCUAACAUAAAUAUAUGUGGUGUUUUCGCUGUAAAACAUUUUAAAAAUCGUACAUGUUGGCUGGAUUCACAAGAUGUUUAUCUUUCAUAUGCUGUAUUGGACUACAUUUAUUACAUCCUAUUUUGAAUUAUUAAAGUGGCUAGAGAUUGAGUCGGUAUGUUGGCAGCAGCCUUUCAAUGUUAGUGAUGGCCGUUUAACCUCACUAGGGUAUGUGGGACGGUAGUGUCCCACCUCGUCAACAGCCAGUGAAACUGCAGGGCGCCAAUUUCAAAACAACAGAAAUCCCAUAAUUUAAAUUCCUCAAACAUACACGUAUUUUACACCAUUUUAAAGAUACACUUGUUGUAAAUCCAGACAAAGUGUCCGAUUUCAAAAAGGUUUUACAACGAAAGGACACCAAACGAUUAUGUUAGGUUAGAGCCAAGUCACAGAAAAAGACAGCCAUUUUUCCAGCCAAAGAGAAGAGUAACAAAAAGCAGAAAUAGAGAUAAAAUGAAUCACUAACCUUUGAUGAUCUUCAUCAGAUGACACUCAUAGGACUUCAUGUUACACAAUACAUGUAUGUUUUGUUCGGUAAAGUUCAUAUUUAUAUCCAAAAAUCUGAGUUUAGGCGGAACUCUACUGUCUCACUUGGCAAAAAGCCAGAGAAAAUGCAGAGCGCCAAAUUCAAAUGAAUUACUAUAAAAAUUACUAUAAAAAUCAAAUUUCAUUAAAUCACACAUCAAAGACACCAAAUUAAAGCUACACUGGUUGUGAAUCCAGCCAACAUGUCAGAAUUCAAAUAGGCUUUUCGGCGAAAGCAAACAAUGCUAUUAUCUGAUGAUAGCACCAUUGUAAACAAAGAGAGAGAAGCAUAUUUCAACCCUGCAGGCGCGACACAAAACGCAGAAAUAAAAAUAAUUCAUGCCUUACCUUUGACGAGCUUCUGUUGUUGGCACUCCAAUAUGUCCCAUAAACAUCACAAAUGGUCCUUUAAUCCUGUUCGAUUAAUUCCGUCUAUAUAUCCAAAAUGUCCAUUUAUUUGGCGCGUUUGAUUCAGAAAUACACCGGUUCCAAAUUGUGAAACGUGACUACAAAAUAUCUCAAAGGUUACCUGUAAACUUUGCCAAAAAAUUUCUAACUACUUUUGUAAUACAACUUUAGGUAUUUUUUUACGUAAAUAAUCGAUCAAAUUGAAGACGGGAUGAUCUGUGUUCAGUACAGGAUUAAACCAACUGUAGCUAGCUUUCUGGUCAUGCGCUUCUAACAAACAGGACAUUUCGAGUGACCCUCCUUCAAGAUGGCCGUACUUCUUCAUUACACAAAGGAAUAACCUCAACCACUUUCUAAAGGCUGUUGCCAUCCAGUGGAAGCGGUAGGAACUGCAAGAAGGUAGCUUAGAAAUCUGGUUUUCCAAUGAAAAUUCAUUGAAAAGAGAGUGACCUCAAAUGUUCUUUUUUGAAUUGUUUGUCCUCGUGGUUUCACCUGCUAAAUAAGUUCUGUUAUACUCACAGACAUGAUUCAAACAGUUUUAGAAACUUCAGAGUUUAGUCAAAUCUACUAAUAAUAUGCAUAUCUUAUCUUCUGGGAAUGAGUAGCUGGCGGUUUAAUUUGGGCAUGCUUUUCAUCCAAAAUUCCAAAUGCUGCCCCCUACCCAAGAGAAGUUAACAGUCUGAUGGCCUUGAGACAGAAGCUGUUUUUCAGUCUCUUAGUCCCAGCUUUGAUGCACCUGUACUGACCUCCGGGUCAACAGGCAGUGGCUCGGGUGGUUGUUGUCCUUGAUGAUCUUUUUGGCCUACCUGUGACAUCAGGUGGUGUAGGUGUCCUGGAGAGCAGGUAAUUUUCCCCCAGUGAUGUGUUGUGCAGACCUCACUACCCCCUGGAGAGCCUUACGGUUGUGGGCGGAGCAGUUGUCGUACCAGGCGGUGAUACAGCUCAACAGGAUGCUCUCGAUUGUGCAUCUGUAAAGGUUUUUGAGUGUUUUUGGUGGCAAGCCAAAUUUCUUCAGCCUCCUGAGGUUGGAGGCGCUGUUGCGCCUUCUUCAUCACUCUGUCUGUGUAGGUGGACCAUUUCAGUUUGUCCGUGAUGUGUACGCUGAGGAACUUAAAACUUUCCACCUUCUCCAUUACUGUCCCGUCGAUGUGGAUAGGGGGGUGCUCCCUCUGCUGUUUCCUGAAGUCCACGAUCAUCUCCUUUGUUUUGUUGACGUUGAGUGUGAGGUUAUUUUCCUGACACCACACUCCGAGUGCCCUCACCUCCUCCCUGUAGGCCGUCUCGUCGUUGUUGGUAAUCAAGCCUACCACUGUAGUGUCGUCUGCAAACUUGAUGAUUGAGUUGGAGGCGUGCAUGGCCACGCAGUCAUGGGUGAACAGGGAGUACAGGAGAGGGCUUAGAACGCACCCUUGUGGGGCCCCAGUGUUGAAGAUCAGCGGGUAGAGAUGUUGUUUCCUACCCUCAUCACCAGGGGGCGGCCCGUCAGGAAGUCCAGGACCCAGUUGCACAGGGCGGGAUCGAGACCCAGGGUCUCGAGCUUAAUGACGACUUUGGAGGGUACUAUGGUGUUAAAUGCUGAGCUGUAGUCGAUGAACAGCAUUCUUACAUAGGUAUUCCUCUUGUCCAGAUGGGUUAGGGCAGUGUGCAAUGUGAUUGCGAUUGCGUCGUCUGUGGACCUAUUGGGUCUACGGGGUGAGUGCUACGGGGCGAUAGUCAUUUAGCUCAGUUACCUUAGCAGGAAUUGGAACAAUGGUGGCCCUCUUGAAGCAUGUGGGAACAGCAGACUGGGAUAAGGAUUGAUUGAAUAUGUCCGUAAACACACCAGCCAGCUGGUGUGCGCAUGCUCUGAGGACACGGCUAGGGAUGCCGUCUGGGCCGGCAGCCUUGCGAGGGUUAACGCUUUAAAUGCUUUACUCACGUUGACUGCGGUGAAGGAGAGCCCGCAGGUUUUGGUAGCGGGCCGUGUCGUUGGCACUGUAUUGUCCUCAAAGCGAGCAAAGAAGUUGUUUAGUUUGUCUGGGAGCAGGACAUCGUGGUCUGCGACGGGGCUGGUUUUCUUUUUGUAGUCCGUGAUUGACAGUAGACCCUGCCACAUACCUCUCGUGUCUGAGCCGUUGAAUUGCGACUCUACUUUGUCUCUAUACUGACGCUUAGCUUGUUUGAUUGCCUUGCGGAGGGAAUAGCUACACUGUAUUCGGUCAUGUUGCCGGUCGCCUUUCCCUGAUUUUAAAAGUAGUGGUUCGCGCUUUCAGUUUUGCACGAAUGCUGCCAUCAAUCCACGGUUUCUGGUUGGGGAAGGUUUUAAUAGUUGCUGUGGGUACAACAUCACCGAUGCUCUUGCUAAUAAACUCGCUCACCGAAUCAGCGUAUUCAUCAAUGUUAUUGUCCGAUGCUAUGCGGAACAUAUCCCAGUCCACGUGAUCGAAGCAAUCUUGAAGCGUGGAAUCAGAUUGGUCGGAACAUCCGUUGAACAGACCUGAGCACGGGCAUUUCCUGUUUUAGUUUCUGUCUAUAGGCUGGGAGUCGUGGUCAGAUUUUCCGAAAGGGGGGCGGGGCAGGGCUUUGUAUGCGUCGCAGAAGUUAGAGUAACAAUGGUUCAGGAUUUUUCCCGCCCAGGUAGCGCAUGCUGAUAAAAUUUAGGGAGUCUUGUUUUCAGAAUAGCCUUCUUAAAAUCCCCAGCUACAAUGAAUGCAGCCUCAGGAUAUGUGGUUUCCAGAGUCCAAUGAAGUUCAUUCAGGGCCAUCGAUGUGUCUGCUUGGGGGGGAUAUAUAUGGCUGUGAAUAUAAUCGAAGACAAUUCUCUUGGUAGAUAAUGUGGUCGACAUUUGAUUGUAAGGAUUUCUAGGUCAGGUGAGCAAAAGGACUUGAGUUCCUGUAUGUUGUUAGUAUCACACCACGUCUCGUUAAGCAUAAGGCAUACCCCCCCGCCCCUCUUCUUACCAGAGAGAUGUUUGUUUCUGUCGGUGCGAUGCGUGACGAAACCAGGUGGCUGUACCGACUCCGAUAUCGUGUCUCGAGUCAGCCACGUUUCCGUGAAACAAAGAAUGUUACAAUCUCUGUCUCUCUGGAAGGCAACCCUUGCUCGGAUUUCGUCUACCUUGUCAAGAGACUGGACGUUGGCGAGUAGUAAACUCAGGAGCGGUGCGUGAUGUGCCCGUCUACGGAGCCUGACCAGAAGACCGCUUCUUCUGACCCUCCUGCGGCGCCGUUGAUUUGGGUCGCCGGCUGGGAUCCGAUCCAUUGUCCUGGGUGGUGGACCAAACAGAGGAUCCGCUUCGGGAAAGUCGUGUUCCUGGUCGUAAAUUUGGUAAGUUGACGUCGCUCUUAUAUCCAAUAGUUCCUCCCGGCUGUAUGUAAUCAAACUUAAGAUUUCCUGGGGUAACAAUGUAAGAAAUAAUACAUAAAAAAACAAAAUACUGCAUAAUUUCCUGAGAAUGCGAAGCGAGGCGGCCAUCUCUGUCGGCGCCCCUACCUUGUCACAACACAACUGAUUGGCUCAAACGAAUUAAGAAGGAAAGAAUUUCCACAAAUUAACUUUUAACAAGGCACAUCUGUUAAAUGAAAUGCAUUCCAGGUGACUCCCUCAUGAAGCUGGUUGAGAGAAUGCCAAGAGUGUGCAAAGCCGUCAAGGCAAAUGGUGGCUACUUUGAAGAAUCUCAAAUAUAAAAUAUAUUUUGAUUUGUUACUACAUAAUUCCAUAUGUGUUAUUUAAUAAUGUUGAUGUCUUCACUAUGACUCUACAAUGUAGAAAAUAGUAAAAAUACAGAAAACCCCUGGAAUAAGUAGGUGUCAACUUUUGACUGGUACUAUAUAUAUAUAUAUCUGUAUAUAUA